AUGGAGACAAUUGAACAAUUAGAAAGCUAUUGCCGUCAGAAUACCCUUGAUUUGGUCAUCAAGCUACUCAAAAAGCCUGAUAUUUUUCAGUCUCUUUUAAGUCUUGAUCCAGAAUUUCAUAUUAUUGUCUUAAAAUAUAUAUUCUUGGAAUAUUUAGGAGAUAACAAGAAUUUCUAUGAAACACCGGAGAUGAAAAUAAUCAGUAAAAGCUAUAUUCAGAGAUUAAAAAAUUCUGAUGAAUUUAACGAUUUACUUAGCAUCAUUCCGUAUAGGGCAGUUCAAUAUUUCGAAAAAUUAGCACCUCUCAUUAUAUUAAACGCUGCAUUUGCAAAUUUACUUCGUAAUCCAAAGUUGGACAAUGAAAUAGCAAUACUAAACGCUAACCCGAUGUUCUUCAAGAAUAAGAUCGUGAGUUCUAUACAAAUGAUUCAUCCAAAUGCUCCGAAAGUUUUCAAUGCGAUAUAUAACCUUGAAAUCUUUAAAUUACUCGCAAAGGAACUGGAGUGCAAACAGUUUAUCAACUACAUGGAACGCUUCGAUCCAAUUCAACAAGAUGCCCAGCUAAAAUACGGCUCUUCUGAAAUAUCAACUAGUUUAACAAAAGAGCGCAUAUAUUCAGCCGUCGUUCCGUAUAUGCUACUUAAUCGUACCUCUGAUGUUCAGUACAUUUUAAGAAAUGCCCCGAAUUACGUUUUAAAUAUCAUUCCAAGCGCAAUUAUCAAGCUCCUUCCUUUAAAUAACUUCCCACAGAAGCUCAUUCCGCUUACUGCUACAAUAUUCUGCUAUUGCAACAUGCAUUUUCUUUCUAUGACGAAGGAUUUGGAUUCUUCCAUGAUCAUGAGCUGUUUUAUCUUACAGUACUAUCCAUUUGAAGCAUUGACAUUAAUACAAGAAUUGAUAAAGUCCAAAUUAUUCACGAAAUUCCUUAUUAUGUAUGGAAACAUCUUUUCUGAUUGUUCCUACGUAGUUUCUCAGGCCAUUUUGGACUAUGUAAUUCAGACAAACGAUAUUGAAGAGGUCUGGAUCGAUCAUUUGAACUUAGAUGAUAGAAUUUCAGCAGAUAUCGCUUCUUACUUGAUCCAGAAGAACCCUGAGACAACAAACUCCCUCAUAAAGUUGUCAUCUAAAGGUCUCAUGGCCUUUCAUGUUGUUGGAAACUCGAUGUUUACAAAUGAAGAAUAUUGGACGAGAUUUUGCAAAUAUUACCAGAACAAACCUGAAUAUAUAAGCAAUAUGGUUCAACUUGUCUCUAACAUUUUGGUGUCAAACUGCACAAAUUACAAAUUUACUGCAACAAAAAUUUGUUACGACUUGGUUUUGAGUCGUUAUGACACUUACAACACUGAUGCAAUGUUCCACAACAUUAACAAUGCUGCCCCUUCAACUGAAGCCUCAACAGAAGUUAGAAUUCAAUUUAUUGAUGUACUUAUUUCUGCACAUCCUCUUAAGAAGUAUCUUAUUCCAUUACGUGACUUAAUUCAUGAUAUAUGUCAUGUGAAUUGGUCACAAGUUUAUUAUCUCAUUUAUUAUGAACAAAAUGAUCCGAAAAUUCUCUGUAUGAAGCUGAAAUUAUUCAAAUACAGAGCGAACCAAAACCCAAUCAUGCAGAUACUUCACAAAUAUUAA